UGUAUAAGGCAGGCGAUGCAGCUGUCAGGCUCACAGGCUCACGAUCCCUGCUCCCGAGUAAGUAGAAAUGGGCAGGAGCUCGCCUGUUGCCCUCUUGGUGGCCCUGUGGGCCGGCCAGCUGGGCAUGUGGGCAGCGGGGCGCUCCAAGGUGAACCCCAGGAUCAUCACAGCGCCGCAAGGUGCAAAGGAAUAUGUAUUUCCCAGGAGUGAGAAGUACCCAGUCUUCUACCAUGAGGAAAACAGCUCAUCCAUCUACAUCGGGGGAGAGGGGAAGCUUUACUACUACGACUUUGCAACCUCUGAGAACUACACGGAAGACUUCUCAGUGAAAAAUGAGGGACUGUGCAUGAUGUCUGGGAGUUUGGAGGACAAUAAGAAUUACCUCACACUAGUGGAGAAGUACGGAGACGGGAUGUUGGUGUGUGGGACCGGUGCCUGCGCUCCCACCUGCUGGAACCUGACGCAGAGGAAGGAGAGCUCAUCGUGGGAUGGGAGAGGAAUUGCUCCUUUCACCCCUGACUCCAACACCCUCGUCGUCGUUGAUGGUGAUGACAUCUACUCCACCAUCAAGAAGAGCCAGCAGAAUGGCAAGAUCCCUCGUUUCCGUCGAGUGAGAGGGGGUGGAGAGCUCUACACAAGCGACACAGUGAUGCAGAACCCUCAGUUUGUCAAAGCCACCGUGUUAAGGCACGAAGAGCCUCACCAGGACAAGAUUUAUUACUUCUUCCGUGAAGACAACCCGGAUAAGAGUCCUGAGGCCCCCAGAAACAUCUCCCGCGUGGCCCAGCUGUGUAAGGAAGAUAAAGGAGGAACCAGUUCCCUCUCUGCUUCCAAGUGGACUACCUUCCUGAAGGCCAGCUUGAUUUGUGUUGACCCAGUCACAAAGGGCAACUUCAACUGGUUGCAGGAUGUCUUCUUUGUCCCCGCGAGCGACUGGCGGCUCUCCAAAGUCUAUGGGCUCUUCACAAACACCUGGGGAAGCUCUGCUGUCUGUGUCUAUUCCUUUGGGGACAUCGACAACGUGUUCCGGACAUCUAAACUCAAAGGCUAUAACGGUCCCAACCCGGAGAUCAAACCUGGGCAGUGUGUUCCCUCGGGACAGCACACCCCCAGUGAGACCUUCAAGAUCGCCGACAGCCACCCCGAGGUGGAGGACCGGGUGGAGCCCCUCUCCCCCACCAAGAGCCCCUUAUUCCACAACAAGCACCGCUACCAGAAGAUCGGGGUGCACGAGGUCUCUGCGGCUGACGGACACCGCUACAAUGUGCUUUAUCUGGCAACAGACAAAGGAUCCAUCCACAAGGUUGUGGAGCUGCCAGAUGGGGUGCAGAAUAUCAUGGAGCUCCAGGUCUUUCCGAACAAGGACCCGAUCCAGUCCAUGAUCCUGGAUCACAAGAGGGCCAUGCUGUAUGUCGGCUCCACGAGCAAAGUCCUGGAGAUCCCCAUGGACAUGUGCAGGGCGUAUCGCAACAACUGCCACAGCUGCCUGCUGGCCAGGGACCCCUACUGCGGCUGGGCCAAUGGCUCCUGCCAGUCCGUGUCCCUGAACCGGGAUGUGCUUCAGAACCUGAACUUGGAUGUGUGGCAAGGAAACUGCCAAAAUGGGGCUACUAAGGAAGACGACUACCAGAACAUCGCAGUUGUCCCUUUCUCCCGCUAUUACCUCAACUGCUCCAUCGAGUCCCACUAUGCCACCUACAACUGGUAUCACAACAACAGCCUCAUCAAGACCUGCAACACCACCCACCCUCAGCAGGAUUGCUUCCACUUCAUCCAGAACGUCAGCCACGGCCACUACGGCCACUACGUCUGUGUCUCGGAGGAGGACGGCUUCAAGCAGGCGCUGGUGAAGGAGCGCCUGGUCAACCAGCUCCGGUUCCUGUUCCAGAGGGGCCAGGCCACCAUGCCCUUUGGCUCGUGGCUGCAGCUGCUCCUGAUGGUGGCUUUGGUGGAGCUCUUCCACUGAACACAACGGUGUUCCCACCGUCCUGCUCUUCCUGCACUUGCUGUCCGCUCCUGAAGCGAGAUCCCUGUUUUCUUAGGCGCUCCUUGGACAUUAAUCUUUGAUUGUCCCCAAAGGGGUUCUGGGCAGCACCUUUUCCAUUUUUGGCCUCGGUGGAAGAGCCUUGGUGGGGAGGAUGUGACUGCAGGGCCAGGUGGAGCAGGGGUUGGGGACACGUGGGGGACAUUCGCUGUACCAGUGACAGCCUCUCCCUGGCAGCUCUGUUAUGCUGUUCAGGGGACUUCUGCCGACGUGCAUGCACUGAUCCUCAGGGCACGGCCACUCCUCACUUUAGGAACGUGCAUGUGAUGAAGAGGAGGAGCCAGCCCUCGGCCUUCUGAACUGGUUGAUCUGAGUGGGGAGUGACACCUCCAAGUUUUUAGUGGCUAAUGUUUGGGUCGGCAAGCAGUGCCACUUGUGAGUCCCCUUCUGGUCUGGAGAAUUGGGCUCUGGAAGGGUUUUGGGUUUUGGUUUAUUAUUUUUUGUUUGCAGCUGGCUUUGAUGUGGGAGGGAGAUCGGGAAUUAGCACUGGAAACCUGCAAGUGCAGGUACAAAGUUACGAGUUUGCAUGGAAAAGGCUUGGAAAAUGACUAGAUUUGGGGUGUGGGGAAGGACAGAUGGAAGGGCACUGGAAGGGAAGGUGGAAGCAGAGCCCAAACCAAACUGGGAGGCCCUGGGAAGACGUUUGAAACGCACAAAUCCUCUGCAGGCAGCUAAGGGCAUUUAUCUGUGGGCAGCAGGCAACCCCUGCUCCCCACACCACUCCUCCAGGAGAGGGACCGGGCUUCCUCAGGGAAAAAGGCUGCGGAUCUCAGGGCGACACCGCCGGGCUCGGGGGGCUGUGCCUGUCCCCACCGCCCAGAGCAGCUCUGCUUCCCUUCCCCCAGCGAGGGGACACGGGGGGCCCAGAGUUUGCUUCCCUUGGGCUUUGAGGUCUCCGAGCAAGACUAAACUGUGAAAAACGGGAUUCUCUCCCUGCAGAGGGUGAUCCCACACCUUGUCCAAACCUUUCCCAGUCUGAAACACCCCAGCCUCGGGCUGUGUAAGGGUGAGGGCAUCCUGUCUUAUGCUUCCAAUAACCUGUCGCAGCAGCACAGCUCCUGCUUCGUGCCUGCUCACUCAGGAGUGCCCGGGGAGUCUUUUGGGCAAGGGGGAGGUGCCACGUGCCUCUCGUGACCACAGACUACGGACAACGGGCCAGAGCUUCCUACUGCACUACAUUUCCAAGGUAUUCUCCCCCUGGAAUCUAGGAUAGAGCUUCUUACAUCCCUUCUCAAAGCACUUUAACUUCGUGAACUAACAAAUACCUAUUUAUUGUUAACUGGUCGUUACUGUACUUGUAGAGUUUUAUAAUAUUGCCGAAGGUGGGUUCAGAUUAGAGGAGUUGGAAAAAACACCACAACAGCUACCAAAAAAAUCUUUCAGAACUGUAACCAAAGUGGAUGGUUGGAAUAAAGAAUGGAAAAGA